ACAUCUUGAGCUUGGUGAUUGCUUGAUUGGUAAUGAAGCUAUCGAGAAGAUAGCCAGCAACUGUACUAAUUUGAAAUAUCUUAGUUUGAAGGGGUGUAGAAGGAUUAGUAAUGAAGUGCUGAAAAAACUCAAUCCAAAAAUUAAAAUCGAACAUCCAGAUUAUUCCGAUGUUGAAUUCUCCGAUUCUGAUUUACCUUCACUUAUUCCAAUCUUUACCAGUAGACAAAAUGGGAUAGCUAUAACCAGAUCCUUUAGAGACUACUAUUUGAGUCAUAUAUCAGAUGAAACAGAUCUUAUUUCUGCAAUUGUUAAUUAUCUCAGAGAGAAUUCUCCAACGCGAGGGAAAAUCCCAGUAAAAGCAUUAAUUGAUACAUCAUCAAAGGAUGUAAUAGGUGAAAUAAAAUGUUUAGAUUUGCAAUUUUUCUAUAAAGGAAAGUGGCGAAGUUUAGAUGAUACCGAAAUGCGUAAAGCAAAAAUUAGCUUUGGAGAUUCUCCCAAAACCUAUGACAGCUAUGCUAGAAUUGUAAUAGAUG